AUGGCACGUACCAAGCAAACCGCUCGUAAAUCAACCGGAGGUAAAGCCCCGCGUAAGCAGCUCGCUACUAAAGCCGCUCGCAAGUCUGCCCCUGCCACGGGCGGAGUAAAGAAACCGCACCGUUACCGUCCUGGUACUGUUGCUCUCCGUGAGAUUCGUCGCUACCAGAAAUCGACAGAGCUGUUGAUCCGUAAGCUACCCUUUCAACGUCUUGUGCGUGAAAUUGCUCAAGACUUUAAGACGGAUCUGCGCUUCCAGGGAUCUGCUGUGCUUGCCCUACAGGAGGCUGCCGAAGCUUACCUUGUGGGUCUGUUUGAAGACACCAACUUGUGUGCUAUCCACGCUAAGCGUGUAACCAUUAUGCCCAAGGACAUUCAGUUGGCUCGUCGUAUUCGUGGUGAACGAUCAUAG